AAAGAUCCUGCAAUUUUUCCUGAUGCUCUUCAUGCGAGGACUUUAGUUAAUGAGGUUGAUAGAAAAUUGGUUAAGCAGACAGUGAUGACAUCAGUGUAUGGUGUCACUUACAUUGGUGCACGGGAACAGAUAAAGAGGAGAUUGAAGGAAAGGAAUGCCAUUCCAGAUGAUACAGAGCUCUUUGGUGCUUCUUGUUAUGCUGCAAAGGUCACUUUAACCGCCUUAGAGGAAAUGUUUCAAGGUGCGCGAGGUAUCAUGAACUGGCUUGGUGACUGUGCAAAAAUAAUUGCAUCUGAAAAUCAACCAGUACGCUGGAGCACUCCUCUUGGACUUCCUGUUGUUCAACCUUACCGAAAACUAGGAUCACAUAUUAUCAAAACUUCACUUCAGAUGUUGUCAUUGCAACGAGAAACAGACAAGGUCAUGGUUAGGAGGCAGAGGACAGCAUUUCCACCAAAUUUUGUUCACUCGCUUGAUGGUUCUCAUAUGAUGAUGACUGCGGUUGCCUGCAAAAAGGAAGGCUUGAAUUUUGCUGGGGUUCAUGAUUCAUAUUGGACGCAUGCAUGUGAUGUGGAUAAAAUGAAUAGAUUACUGCGAGAGAAGUUUGUAGAACUCUACGAGAACCCAGUACUGGAAAAUUUACUGGAAAGCUUUCAGAGUUCUUUCCCAUCACUAACUUUUCCACCCUUGCCUGAACGAGGAGACUUUGACUUAAGGGAAGUUUUAGAGUCACCAUAUUUCUUCAACUGAUCACCAUCUGCAGCCUUCUCUAAGACUUGGACUGUGUCUUUUAGGGCUCACUGACAUCUCAUGUUAUUUCUGUGUGAGCAUGGCAAGGACAGCUCUUUUGAAAUAUCCAUUAUGGAGAGGCUAUUUCAAUGGCGGUGUAUAUAUAUUCAAAGGCAUCCAGAGCCUUGAGGAGUACCUUUAUGGUAUGAUAGGAAAUCCACCUCUUGCUAACACAUUAUACGAGUCAGAAAUCUUUGAUGCUGCUGCAGCUUUCUGAAGGCUCCCAAGAAUAGCCAAAGGUUUGAAAUUUCCAUUUCCGUCCAACGAAUUUCAUUUAUUAAUUUUAAGGGUCUGGAGUAUCAUUACCAAUGGGUGGCGAGUCUGUGACAAUUGUGCUCACAGUCACCGUGCGGCAGCGCAUCUUGAAAUCAGCAGGGAAUUCUACCUGUUCAUUCUCAUUGUCACAAGUUUUUUUUUUAAUUUUUUUUUGUAAAUAUGAAGAAAAUAAUUUUGCUUGGACUAGUGUACGUACAUGAUUUAUAGUAUACGUGUAUCAACCUGUAAAAGCUUAGUGAUUAAUCCAUGCCAUAUUUGUCACCGGUCAUCAGUUCAAGAUGGUUAAUGCUGACAAAGGUUGAUGCACUAUUCAUUUGACUUAUUCUGGUAAUGAAAUAAUCCUCCAACAAAGGGUUGGAUAUUACCAAAUUAGUCGUAAAGUAA